AUGGGGAAAGACAACAGCAAUAUCCGCAAGGAACAACGACCCGAAAGAGUCCAGGCACGGAAAGAUAAACGCCUAGCCGAUAAUUCAAAUCACACCGCUCAGGCGACGGAAGGCUCGCUGCCGCAGAGUGAUCAGCCUGUACUAGAGUGCCCCGGCAGAGUUCAUACCAUGAGCGCUAUUCUAGAUAAGCUUGUACAACAUAAGGAUAAAGUUGAGCAGUUCUCCAACAUAGUAGGGAUUAUCUCACAUGCCGCCGAAGGAUUCAAUGCAAUAGGCCUCAAACCUGAGAUUGACAAAGCAAAGCGGAUCAAGGAACUUGAAGCCGCUUUAAAGGAGUCACACAGAGUCAUUGCAGAGGAUGUGGAGAUAAACAGAAAAGAACGCCAGCGCCUUGAGGAAGAACAUAAAGACCUAAACAGUCAGAAGCAGGGUUUCGCGCAGGAAAAGGAGCAAAAUAGGAAAUCACUGGAGUCUGAGAGAGAAGCCUUGAGGAGAGAGCGUGAAAGCAUGGAAAAGAAGAUGAAAGAGGAGACCAAGCAAAGAAUCGAGGCUCAAGUUUCUCGGCAUCGGAAGGAUACUGAUGACAAGAUUAGAGAGCUUGAGAGGAACAUUUGCCGCCUCGAGGCAGAAAAUACCAGGCUGGAAAAAUGCAAUCGCGAGUUAGAAAGCGAGUUAGAUCGGCAGAAAAGGAUCGGGAAAAUGGCAUUAGAUCAAAAUGCUCAGCUGGAAGACCGGUUACAAAAAUGUAACGCGAAACUCCCCAUCCACUCAAUGGAUAUCAUGGAUAUGGUCAACGAGAGCCAUGCUGUAUUUCAAAAAGUUCCUGUCUCGCCGACACCCAUAUCAGUAUUUCUCCGAACUUGCGCUGCCCAGGCCCUUAUCUCAAGGCGAAUGUGUGAUAUUUUAUGGAGACCUUUCUGCUCCAAGGCCUUGGAGGAUACGGUCUCCUCAAGCACUGCUACACUUCAAACCCUGUCCAACACUGCAUGGCAGCUCGAUCCAGAACUUGAACCCUCUUGGAGGGUCCUCACAUAUAAGUUUGUUGAUGCCAUGGCAGGUACAGAAACCAACCUGAUCGUACAGAAGGCAACACAGGAUAUAUCAAAAUGCCUUGAAAUACAGGUUGAGCCCCAAUAUCACCAGGAGCUAAGAGAGUCCCUUUUAGCCAUCUUCCAGAAUGGAGCUAGGCUAUGGCGACUUCUCCGAGUAGACUGCAUGCAAGUGUCUGUCUCAACUCCUGCUGAUGGGCCUAGGACUGGAUGGGUAGCCCAUGAUCUCCCAGGCAAAGCGGAACUAAAUCGGCCGGAUUGUAUAGCCGAAAACCAAGGCUUCAAGACAUUGUGUUUGUUCCCCAGGUUCGAGGCCACAUCAGCAGGUGCCGUCUGCAAAGAGUUAUUAUUUCCUGGUCACGCACUCUUUUCCGAUUCGUCCGCCCUAGCAGAAGGCGCGAAAGAGCUCGCGAGCCAAAAAAUGCGAUUAGACCAGCUCUAUCAACAGAUAGCCUCCCCAAUAUCUCCAACAAUCAGCGACUUCUCAGAAGACUUGGCGGAAUAG